AUGCUCAAUCGCACCAAGGCCGCCACGGAGGAAUUCAUGAAUGCCGCCCUGCCGGUCCUCUUCGCCGGGCUCAAUUCCCCGAGUGCCGACUUCCAGAUCGCCAGCCACCUCAUUCUGUCGCAGCUGUUUGGCGGCUCGCAGGUGGCCCAGGAGACCACCCGCGUGGUGACGGCUCUCCUUUGCACCAAGACCACCGACCGGACGGCGGCCUCCGCGCUGCCGGUCCUGGCGCUCAUCUGCCACAACAGCCCGACCGUGGUCUUCGAGCCGGAGCACCUCAGCGGCCUGAUGGCCCUGUCCGGGCUUGGGGCCCGGUUGGCCGAGGUCAGCGCCAUGGGCAUCGCCCACGGCCUGAUCAAGGGCUUCCUCGGCUCCUGCACCGUCCACCUCCACCGCGAGGGUGUGCCCGAGGUGUGCCUCCAGUUCCUGGAGGCCGUGCCGCUCACCUGCGCCGAGCUGGUGGCCUCCACCACGGUGGCCCUGUUCGAGCGUGUGGUCGAUGUGCUGGCGGACCAGGACAUGGACGCGGCCGCCGCGGCCGCCAGCCAGCCGACCAUGCUGGCCAUCCUGCGCCUGCUGAGCACCCGCUACCCGGAUGCGGUGGACUCCUGCAUGGUGCACUUCUCGGCCACCCUGACCGAGAAGCGCAAGGCCCUGGUCUUCCAGGUGUUCAAGGGUGUCUUCGAUGGGUCGCGGCACCAGCCGCUCGGGGACAACUCCUCCUCGCUGCUGCUGACGCUGAACCACCCGAGCGAUGGGAUCCGCGAGCAGGCCAUUCGCGAGCUGGCCGACGCCAUCGCCACCCCGGCGGCCAACCAUGCCUACAUCGCGGCCACGGCCCUCGGCAAGCUGUACGACUCGCACCCGCCGGUGGUCGAGGCGGCCCUGGAUAUCCUGGCCCGCAAGGAGAUCCUCCCCCAUGUGGAGGCCGACCAGCUGCAGAGCUACCUGUGGACGGUGCUGGUGACUGGGCGCGACGCUGACGACCAGCCGGUCCGCCUGCCGGCCGGCAUCUUCCCCCUGGUGGCCGCCAUGUCGCACCAUCAGCCGGGCCUGCUGGCCGAUGUGCUGCCGGUCCUGCUGGCGGCUCUGACCGGUGACAUGCGCCUGGAUGUGGCGGCGGCCCUGCCGGCCUUGGCUUCGGCCGCGUGUCCUCUGCUGGCCGGGCUGGCCAAGGUGCCGGUGUCUGCCGGGAGUGCCCGGCCGGCGGUCGGCGCGGCGGUGGCCACGGCGGUGGCCACGCGUCUGCCGGAAUCCACCCUCACCGGGCUGAUCGGCGCCCUGCCCGACUUGCAGGAUCUGACGGCCCCGGCCGCCGGGCUGAUCGGCCUGGCUUUGGUGUCUGGACAGCCCGAGGCCCGCGAUGAUGCGGCCUUCUUCGUGCAGACCGAGCAGCUGCUGGCCGCGCUUGGGCGUGUGCCGGCUGCGGUGGCCGCCGCGGUGGCCGCCCCGGCGGUGGUUUCGGCCGACACCGCCCUCGAAAGUGCCCUCGAGGCGGCGCUGGCCCUGCCGGAGGCCACGGCUCGCACGCAGGCCGCCCUGCAGGGGCUUCUGCUGGCGCUGGUCCGGUCGUCGGCCCGGCGUCGGGCUCCGCUGGCCCUGCUCCAGGCCGGCCUGGCCCAGCAGCCGUAUCACGCCCUGCUCCUGUCCCUCUUCUCGACUUUGGCUCCGUUGGCGGCGGCGGCCGGGUCGGCCAGCUUCGCGGCCGACCUGCUGGUCCUGCUGCUGGCCGAGCACUUGGACCACGCGCCGCUGGGCUUCCUGGCUGGGGUGAUUGUGGCCCCGCCGGCUGCCCUGCCGGCGUCCACCGUGGUGGCGGCCCUGCGCCUGUUGCAGGUGGUCAUCGCCACGCAGGAGGCCCAUCGUGACCUGGGUGCCCUGGGCCCGGUGUUGCUGGUGCCGCUGGUGCACCCGUCCGGGGCGGUGCGCUCGGCGGCGGUCGAUUGCCUGGCCGCCCUGCAGGAGGUCCAGGCUGCCCUGCCGAAGGCCGCGCACAAGGCCGCUCGUGGGGUUGUUGCCCGGCGUGGGAGUGGUGCGCGGUCGGCGGCCCCGGUGGCCGGCGCCGGCCCGGCCGUGGACCGGAGCCUGGUCCUGUGCUUCUCGGAGCUCUUCCCCACCACGACCGCCGGGCAGCCGGUCAGCGCCUUCCUCAGCACCAAGAAGUCCGCCAAGUUCCUGAAGGGCCUGCUGGACGCGCGCGCCGAGUUGGCCAUGGAUGCGUCGGCGCUGCCGGCGGUGCUCGGCGCCAUGCUCAAGGCCCCGCGCAACAACUCCUUCAAGCUGAAGGUCAUCAGCUUCCUGCUCGGGGCCUCCGGGGCCCUGGCGGAGCCCUUCUUCCAGGCGACCCUGCUCCGGGUGCUGGGCAGUGUGGACGCGGCUUUCAAGCUGCCGCACCUGGUGGCCGGGCUGGCCAGUUUGGAGGCACGCCUGCCGGCCCUGGCCAGCCUGUCGGAGCCCGCGGCCUCGGCCCUGGCCCGCGAGCUUUUCGGCUGCCUGCAUAGCGCGGCCCUGCGCCAGUUGAAGGAGGACCAGCGUGUGGCGGUGGCCGAGGCGCUGUUGGGCUUCCUGGCUCCGCAGAAGGAGGAGGAGGCGGAGGCGGAGGCCGCCGGCCCCAGCACCGGGGUCCGGCUGGUUUUGCUGGAGGCCGUGUCCAAGGACUUCUUCCUGCACCACCCGGCGGCCUAUGGGCAGCGCCUGUUCCAGCAGGUCAUCCGGCUGCUGACGUCCACCAAGGACAGCCGUCUGGCGGCCGGCAUCCGGGCCUUCUUCGGCCGGCUGAGCGAUGUCAAUGCCCAAUUUGCCGAGGCCUUCCGCGGGUUGGCCGAGACGUAUGGCGCGGCGGCCCGGCGCGUGGCCCAGCCCGAGGCGGCCGGUGCCCCUGCCACCGGGGGCGACUCCCAGCAGGAGCUCGACACGGUGGGCGCGCUGCUGAUCGGCACGCUGGAGGCCUUCGAGCUGCGCCGGGUCAUCCUGCCGAACAAUGACCUGGUGACGCUGCUGUUUUCGCUGCUGGAGUCGGCCGUGCUGGCUGGCCCGUCCGUCGGUGGGGAUUACCUUCGGCAGUUGCUGCUGUCCUCGCUGCUGUCCCUGUCGAAUGCCUUCCAGUCGCUGGAUCGCGCGUCGGCCGAGCGCCGGGCCGGGCAGACCGGCUUCCGCAUGGAUGUCCUGGUGGAUUGCAUCCGAUCCAGCGACAAUCCCCAGCUCCACCACUUGGCCCUGCUGCUGAUGAGCUCCAUCGCGGCCAUCUACCCGGAGAAUGUCCUGUCCUCCAUCAUGCCGGUCUUCGCCUUCAUGGGUGCCAAUGUCCUGCGGCAGGAUGACAACUACUCCUUCUUCGUCAUCCAGCAGACCCUGCAGUUUGUCAUCCCGCCGCUGGUGAAGAACUCCCCCUCGCUCGGGGGCGGCAUCAAUGUGGUUCCCAUCAAGCCGGUGAUCAAGGUCUUCGUCGAUGCGCUGGGCCACAUUCCCAACCACCGCCGGGUGCGGCUGUUUGACAUCCUGGCCAGCACCCUGGGCCAGGAGCAGUACCUGUAUGCCAUCUUCGCGCUGCUGCUGGACAAGCUGAGCCAGAAGCCGGCCGGAAGUGCGGCUGGCGCCCCGCCGGCGGCCGAUGCCGACUCGCUGCGGGAGUUCUGCGUGACGCUGAGCAACUCCUUCCAGCCGGAGGCCCAGCUGCAGGCGCUGCUGCAGCUGCUGCAGCUGGUCCUGUCCCUGCCGAAUGAUGUGCCGCGUGGUGGCGCGUCCGAGGGGCCGGCCAGCGGCGGGUCCUCCUCGGGCAGCUCGGCCGGCAUCGAUCGUGACCUGAUGCUGGUGGACAUUUAUGGCAUGCCGGCCCGGCAGCUGCGCAUGUUCAAGUACGACACGAUCCGCUUCAUUUCCGAGGUCCUGGCCAGCCGGGCUUUCUUGCAGAAGUUUGUCAGCCGGUCGUCGCGCGGUGGUGCGGCGGCCGGGACGGCCGCCCCGGCCGCCGCCGGCGGUGCCUCCAACAGCCCCUUCGAGCAGCUGUUCAUCUCCAUCCUGGAGUCGCUGCUGAGUCUGGUCGAUUCGCUUGGGGCCCACCUGGCCCGGCCGAUGGAGGAGAUCGGCGGCCCGGCCGCGGUCAAGGCCUUCCGCCACAUCAAUGCCCGGGUGUAUGAUGUCAUCAACCAGACCAACUCCCUGCUGUCGAUUCCGUCCUUCUUGAAUGUGGUGUCGCGCUUGCUGCAGCACCGGAGCAGCUCCCUGCGCCGGCGCACGCUGCUGCUCUUCAACCAGCGCCUGCUGGAUGACAGCCAGGAGAGCCACCGCCACAAGGACCUCUUCCUGUCGAUGCUGGCCGAUGUGACCGGGGUCAUUCGCGCCGGCGGGGCCGAUGCCGAUGCCGUGCUCAAUGUCCAGAGUGCCCUGGUGUCGCUGGAGAUCCUGAUUCGGUUCUUCGCGGCCACCGAGGCGGCCACCUUCCUGGAGGUGGUGCCGGUGGUCAUCGCCGGGGUCAAGAGCACCAAUGUCCAGGUGGCGGCCAACAGCCUGAUUUGCUUGGCGUCCCUGUGCUCGCAGCUGAAGCAGCAGAUCCUGCCCUUCCUGCCGCAGUUCAUGAAGGACUUCCUGGGGCUCUUCCGCCAGUGGCUGGAUUCCAAGGCCGCUCCGAUGGCGGCCGGCGGGAGUGCGUCGGGCAUCAUCGGGUCCUCCGCCGAGGAGGGCGGCGCCGUGACCCCGGCCAGCAUGAGUGCCGCGGUGGCCGAGCGCCAGCGCCGGAGCUCGCAGCAGUACUUCCUUCGGUCGGCCAUCGCCCUGCUGGAGGAUCUGCUGGUGCACCUACGACGCUCUUCCGAUCUGAGCUCGCAGCAGUACUUCCUUCGGUCGGCCAUCGCCCUGCUGGAGGAUCUGCUGGUGCACCUGCCGCAAUUCCUGUCGCCGUACAUCGCCGACACGCUGGCCUGCUGCCUGGAUCCGUACAUGCUGGCGCAGGUGGGCGACGCGUCGAUCGGUGCCGGUGGUGCGUCGCUUUCCUCGAGUGGUGCCGACAGCUCGGAGCUGUUGAUGAAGACCCGUCGGGUGCUGCAGCUCCUGGGGCAGAACCUGCCGCCGCGUGUGCUGCUUCCGGCGCUGAAGGGGUACUUCGAGCGCCAGGCCCCGGUGGCCGAGGAGGCCUCGCUGGUGGCCUUCUUCCACCUGUCGCGUGACAUCACCCGUCGGGUGCUGCAGCUCCUGGGGCAGAACCUGCCGCCGCGUGUGCUGCUUCCGGCGCUGAAGGGGUACUUCGAGCGCCAGGCCCCGGUGGCCGAGGAGGCCUCGCUGGUGGCCUUCUUCCACCUGUCGCGUGACAUCGUCGGGCAUCUGAACCGCUCGGCCGUGGUCAUGUUCAGCGAGGACUUCUUCGGGCUCUUCCUGGGCGCCGUGUCGUUGCGCGGUCGCAAUGGCAAGGCCCCGGCCGCCCCGGCGACCGAUCGCGUGGAGGCCGCCGCCGUGGACAUGUACCUGGAGCUGGUGACGAAGAUGAAUGAGUCGAUGUUCCGCCCGCAGCUGAUCAAGUUUGUCGACUGGGCCAAUGGCAUUGAGCGGACCCCGGCCCGGCAGCUGUCCUUCUACUUCGCGGUGGACAAGAUGCUGGACCGGCUGAAGUCCGUGUUCAUCCCCUUCCUGGGCCACGUCUUCGAGAGCAUGAUGGACCUGCUCGUGUCGCUGCCGGAGUCGGUGGAUCUGAAGGCCGGCAGCGCCGCCGGCGGUGCGAAUGUCGCCGGAUCGUCGAUGUUCAUGCUGGCCGCGCCGAGCCCGGCCCGCAAGUCGGUCGGCGGGAAGCGCUCGCGCGACCAGCUUGACCAGGAUGAGGCUGCCGCCAAGACCGGCGGCCUGCUGCCGCUCGAGGCCGGCAUGCUCCUGUGGCGUCGCCUGCUGUCGUCCAUCCACAAGUCGCUGGUCUUCGACACGGAGGGCUUCUUCGAGAAGGACCGCUUCGCGCGGAUCCUGCCGCUGCUGGUCCAGCAGUUCACCUCGCCGCUGCUGCAGGCCGAUGCCGGCUCCAUGCGCGCGGUGGCCGGCGAGACCCUGGUCCCGCUGAUGGGUCAGCUGGCGGUGACGGUCAGCAACGACGUCAUGUGGAAGGCCAUCAAUGCGGCGGUGUUGGAUCUGACCCGGGCCCCGUCGAUCGAUCUGCGCUGCGUGGCCAUCAGCGUGGUCAUCGAGAUGUACAACCGUCUGGGCGAGGAGCUGACCAUCCUCCUGCCGGAGACCCUGCCGUACAUCGCCGAGCUGAUGGAGGACGACGACGAGGAGGUCCUGGCCCUGGUGCACCAGCUGUCGGCCAAGAUGGAGGUCUUCCUGGGCGAGCCGAUCAGCAAGUACCUGCGUUAA